AAAUUCUCGCGUAUUCCCUCAUCCGUAUCCCUGGAACAAUCUGUGGAAACACCGGCGUCCUGCUCAGUCCUCGUUGGUAUCGGCCUGAUGCCAGAAAGAACGCUACCUGGUUACUGGUAACUUAUUUGAACUCACCUUCGUGGCUUAUUUUCCGGCCUCACACGUUCACGACAAUCAACAUUUCUCAUGCUGGUACUUCCUCAUGUGUAUGGCACCAUCCAGUCACCGUGUUUGGCGUCUACACCUCCACACCACUCCAGCCAGCCAACGGUCUCACCACCCAUCGUGGAUAUCUCGUUGCUGCUCAAGUCAGCCGAAGACGACGAGAACCGCUCUAUCAGCUCUCCCGCUUCGGUCUCUCGCUCAGGAUCGGCGCCAUCGAGUGUCACAACGAGCGUGGCACCGUUGCCACCACAGCCGCGCUCCGCGGUACCCGCGAAAAGGCUCUUGUCAAGCGAGGACAAUCCCAUCCAGUCACCUGCCAAGAAGCAGUCCAAAUGGUCUCCCGAGGAAGACACCAAGAUCAUUCAACUCCGCCAGGAUGGUAUGAAGUGGGAGGAUAUCAGCAAGCAUCUGCCUGGUCGUAGCGCCAUUAGCUGCAGGUUGCAUUACCAGAACUACCUAGAGAGAAGGAGUGAGUGGGAUGAGGACCGCAAAAACAGGCUCGCAAGGUUGUACGAGAGGUUCCGCGCGGAUAUGUGGGCGAGAGUCGCCGAAGAAAUGGCAAUGCCGUGGCGAGCAGUCGAAGCCAUGCACUGGCAGAUGGGUGAACAUGAAAUGGCGAAGCGUGCCGGCGUGACACCUUUCUCCCUCGGUAACCCUACCAAUACCUUCGAUUCGAUGACCUUGCCUCCACGGGCACAGUUUCGACACGGCCCUCCUCCACGACUGCAGCGCUCGUCAACACUAAACGAGCUGUCGUUGUCAGGACCGCUAACAGGGCCCCAGCAGUUGCCUUCGUUAGCAGAACUGACAGCAGGACUACCAGCGCUCACGACUCCUCCAUACCAGAGCACAGAUCCUUUCCAUCACCUGUACAGUAACUCCAGAGACCGGAAGUCCCCUUUUUGAUGAUAUCUUUUUGUUGGCAUCGUACUUUGAGCGAGUUUUCUACAUCAGGCGGGCGCGAGGAUUGAAGUUUCGGUUUAUCAUGAUUGUCCUUUGGUCGAAUUUUGCGCAUACAUGGUCCUCUAUAACGCGCAGGCAAGGACCUGUAAUAAUAUC